AUCUCCAUUGACGCCUCUGAUUCCUUCAAUUUUUCAAAUAUAAUCCCAUGCCGUCAACUUAAUCCCUAGCACCCAUUAUUUUCACCCCAUCCUCCUGCUACAAUUCGUCAUCUCUAUCAACGGUCACCCCUGUUUCUUCGAAGGACGAUAAGUGCUUUAUUUUCUAACUAUGCUCUAUCUAUCUACCCAAGAAAGAAAAAAAUCUUACUCCUAUAUUAUCUUUUAUUACAGGAAUUAAGAUGAAUUCUUCUCCAAUUUCACAACAAAUAUCUCAAAAUGAAAUUGAUGGGAACAACUGCUUAGUCAGCAAUGACAACUUCUUAACUGUACAAAUGGAUGAUCUUGAGGGGUUAGAAGAGAUUUCUACUAGUACUGCUAUGGAAAUUGAAGGACCCAAAAUGUUGGGUGAAGAUGACAUUAUUGGUGGGAUGCCUCGUAAAGGUAUGCAAUUUCCUUCGGCUGAUGAAGCUCGUGAAUUUUAUAAUGAAUAUGCCAAAAGAAUGGGAUUUAGUAUUCGCACGGAGUCAGCAAAGAGGUCGUCCCCAGAUGGACCUGUUAAUCGAAAAUAUUUUGUUUGCUACAAGGCAGGAAAAAAGAGAAAUUAUCAGCCUAAAAAAAAGGGAACAUGUGACCGUCCAGAUCGAGUAAAUUGUUGUGCUCGAAUGUCUGUUCUCUUGAAAGAUGGAGUUUGGAUUAUAAGCCAAUUUAUUGAUGAACAUAACCAUGAGAUGUUUAACUCCCCAAAUAAAGUAAAAAAGCUACGGUCCCACAACAAAGAACACUUGUUGCCGGAGACAAUUGAGCUAAUGGAUCAAUAUAAACAAGCUGGCUGUGGACCUUCUAGAAUUGCAAGACUUUUGAAUGUGACAAGCAAUGCUGAAAAUUUUUACCAUGCCAUAGAGAUUGAUGAAAAUGGUGUUUGUAGGAGCUUGUUUUGGGCAGAUGGGAGAGCUAGGGAAAUGUAUCAAAAUUUUGGUGAUGUUGUGGUUUUCGAUGUGACAUAUCGGACUAAUACAUUUCUUUUACCAUUUGCUCCAUUUACUGGUGUGAACCAUCAUGGGCAGUCAACUUUGUUUGGAUGCGCUCUCCUAUCGGAUGAACAGGAAGAUAGCUUUGUGUGGUUAUUUAAGCGGUGGCUGCGGUGCAUGGGGGGUAAAGCACCUGGUGCAAUUAUCACUGACCAGGACCCAGCAAUCACUAAUGCAAUUAAAAGGGUUUUUCUGAACACACGUCAUAGGUUUUGUAGUUGGCACAUCUCACUCCAUGAGGAUGAGCAUCUUCGGGCUUUAAGAUCAUCAUAUAAUCCUGGAUUUGAUGAACAAUAUUAUUAUAAAUGGGUGAGAAAAAGUAAAACUAUUGAAGAAGCCGAGAAUGCAUGGAAAAAGUUGAAGGAGAAAUAUAAACAAGAGUUUAUGGAGCCAUUGACAGAGAAGCAACGCAAUGAAAAAAAGUCUUGGAAAUGGUUAGAAAGCAUGUAUGAGCAACGAUACAGUUGGAUUGAUGUGUAUUUGAGGGACACAUUUUUUUCUGGAAUGAGAUCAAGUCAACAAAGUGAGAGCAUUAAUUCAUUUUUUGAUGGUUAUGUGAACUCUAUGACACCAUUAUCCGAGUUUGUUGGCCAAUAUGCUAAAGCCCUACAAUGUUGUCGUGAUGAGGAAGUGAAUGAAGACAUGUGGACAAUGAAAGCAAAGCCAAAUCCGUGUCACUUGCAUAAGUUAGAAGUUCAAGCUGGAAUGGUUUACACUAGAAAGAUAUUUGCUAAAUUUCAGAGUGAGUUCAAAGAUUCUUUAUAUUGUAUGCAUGAUGAAGUAGCUACUAAUGAUGGGAUGACCACAUAUGAUGUUAGUUAUGGGUUUAAGGGCAAGGUUGAUUCACACUCCGUGCGAUGUGGUCCGUCCAAGGAGGAGUUUGCUUGUACUUGUGGGAAGUUUAAGACUAGUGAUAUUUUGUGUAAACAUAUUCUUCACAUAAUGAUGCAAUGUUAUAGAAUGGAAGAGAUUCUUGAACAAUACAUUUUGGCUAGAUGGACCUUGGCAUAUAGAUAUAGUAGUAAACAAGCUCAAUUGAUAAGCACAUCAAAAGAAUUAGUGGUUUCUGCACUUGCUUCUUGGAAUCUUCAAAAAUCUCUUAAUGAAGUGCAUGACCAAGCAGUAAGUCAUGGCAAACUUUAUAAUGUUGCUGCAGCAGUGGUGGAAGAUUUGAAAAGGCAAUUAUAUAAUAUUAGAAAGGAGCUUGAAGGUUUGGUUACUGAACAAAGUGAGCAAGAUUUUGGUGCUCGAGCAAUAUCUCAAGAUUUAAUUUCAAGUAACAUAGAUAUUCGUGAUCCGGAAAAGGUUAGAACCAAGGGUCGACCAAAGGAACUUUCUAGGAUUCCUGCAGGAAAACAAGUGUCACAAAAUACAGCUCAUAGUAGAAGGCGAACUUGUAGCACAUGUGGUAUUAAAGGUCAUGAUUCUAGGACUUGUGGAAAGACAAAAGACAAGGUAAAAUUAUUAAGUUAAUCAUUAUUUUUUCACUUUUUAGCAUCCUAUUUGCAUGUAACUUAACAAUAUCUUGGUUUUGUGCUUUGUUUUUUAGGUCAUAGAAGAUG